AAAUAGCAGAUAGAACAGCAACCGCUGCAGGCACACGACCAUUCUGCUGCCUGCAUGGUGCCUGCGUGCCUGACUGUUAUCGGGGCAUUAGAUAAGCGGGCCCGCUGUCCCGCAUUCCACAGCAUCCCUGUCGUCAUCUGGCUCUUUUGCUCUCAGCUGGAUUCAAUUGCUGCUGCUCCGAUCUCUCUGACCCUCCAUCAGCAUAUAGGAUAUACUAUUAUCAGCCAUUUUCAGACAUGUCUGCUCCCAGAGGCCGUCUCCAAGGCAAGAAUGCCAUCAUCACCGGCGCCGCAGGAGGCAUCGGGCUCGAGACCAGUAUCCUCUUUGCCCGUGAAGGGGCUAACGUCCUCAUGGCCGACAUAUCCGCCCCCGCUCUCGAGAAAGCCAUUGCCAAAGUGAAGGAGGUCGUCCCUAGCGCCCCCCGGGUUGAGACAAUCAAGUGCGAUGUGUCGAAGGAAUCCGAAGUGCAGGCCAUGGUCGAGUCCCAAGACAGCUGGGGUGGCACGGACGUCAUCUUCAACAACGCUGGUAUCAUGCACGCCGAUGAUGCGGAUGCCAUUGAUACCCCCGAGAAGAUCUGGGAUCUCACGCAGAACAUCAACGUCAAAGGGGUCUGGUUCGGAUGCAAGCAUGCUGUACUCAGUCUACGUCGUCACAAGAAGACUAAGGGUAGUAUUAUCAACACGGCGAGUGUGGUCGCUUUAGUAGGCAGUGCCACACCUCAGCUGGCCUACACGGCUAGCAAGGGUGCUGUGCUGGCGUUGACGCGCGAGCUGGCCAUUGUACAUGCCCGCGAAGGGUUCCGUUUCAACGCGCUAUGUCCGGCUCCAUUGAACACCCCGCUGCUUCAAGACUGGCUGGGUGAUGACAAGCCCAAGCGCUUCCGCCGCGAGGUGCACUUUCCCACCGGCCGGUUCGGGGAGGCAAUUGAGCAGGCUCAUGCCGUGGUUUUCCUGGCUAGUGAUGAGAGUAGCUUCGUCAACGGCAGUGAUUUUGUAGUCGAUGGUGGAAUGUCCAAGGCUUAUGUCACGCCGGAGGGGCCCGCCACUCCUGCUCCUCAGAACUUGGGCCAUUAGAGUCAUAUUGAUACGUUCUACCGCCUUACAAUAAUCAAGAGUCAUUGAGUUGUGCUCCUAAUCGCUGCUUUAUCCAUAGCAUGGAAUGAUCGUGUCAGAUUCCAAUCAUUGGGAAUGUCAAUUAGUUCCUGGUUCCUGACCAAUCAUGCGUUGACACUAGUCGGGCACCAGCAGGCCGGCUUCUGGCCAAUGCUGGCACUAAUUUAGCUGCUUGGGGGCGCUUUUCCUGCGCCGAGCGUGCUGACUCUCUUCAGGCGGAAGAUACUACUGCCGUCGCGUAGUGCCAUUGCUUUCUCAUCUCUGACUCUGUAGUAAUC